GUCGCCUGGUCUUUGGGACAGCCUCUCACUCAACAUCUCCAUAGCCCUCACCAACUGGGAAACUAACUCAACUGCAACCUCUCCAACCAAAUAACGCUCAACGUUAGAUUACUGCCAACUGACAUGGAAACCCAGAAAAGACACGAACACCACUCAGUUUGCCACACCUGCCGGAGAACGGAAAACACAAGAAUGAAGGUCAAGAUGAUGUCUUCGUCAAAUCGAGUGCUGGUCAUUGCGCUGGCACUUACUCUGUACAUCGUUGAAGUGACCUCGGCGGAGACGCUAUGUGGAGGAGAACUGGUGGACGCGCUGCAGUUCGUCUGUGAAGAUAGAGGAUUCUAUUUCAGUAGGCCAACCAGCAGGUCUAACAGCAGACGCUCCCAGAACCGCGGUAUCGUGGAGGAGUGUUGUUUCCGUAGCUGUGACCUCAACCUGUUGGAGCAGUACUGUGCCAAACCUGCCAAGUCAGAGAGGGACGUGUCGGCCACCUCUAUACAGAUCAUUCCCAUGGUGCCCACACUCAAACAGGAUGUCCCAAGAAAACAUGUGACUGUGAAGUAUUCCAAAUAUGAGGUGUGGCAGAGGAAGGCUGCUCAGCGGCUCCGGAGGGGCGUCCCGGCCAUCCUCAGGGCCCGGAAGUUCCGGAGGCAGGCGGUGAAGAUCAAGGCCCAAGAGCAGGCGAUGUUCCACCGGCCUCUGAUCACCCUGCCCAGCAAGCUUCCCCCAGUCCUGCCCCCCACGGACAACUACGUCAGCCACAAUUGAGCCUCCUCACCAGCAACCCAACUCCCCCAUCGAAAGCCCUUUGCACAGACAACGAGUUUGGAGGGAGAUGAAGAAAAAAAAAGACUAGGGGAUUAUAGCUUUGUCUCUGACGUCAUUUCUGUGGCAAGUCCUCGUUUGACUUCUCCCCCCACCCAGCCCACCCCCAAAUCCCGUCCGAGCCCACCAACCUACACCCUCCAACCACCCCCCCCCCCCCCCGCCCAUCUACUACUUUUUGACCCCAAACCUACCCUAGACCCCCUCACCCAGACACUCAAACAUACGUUCACAUUCUUCCUGUCCUGACUCUCACUCUUGCUCUCUCUUUCAUUCACCGACACAAAAGACACCGACACAAUCAAUGAACAAAAAGUGAACUAUUUGGCUGAAUGCAAUUUAGGUGGAUCCUUAAAUAAAAGAAGAAAGGAAGGAGAAAAAGAUGAAAGAGCUCUGUGGCUUGCAAGUGUCAAGAGGACAGCAGGCGGAAUGUUUUUUGUCCUUGUGGAAGACAACAGAAAGUGAAGAAACGGCUUGCAUAAAAGAACGCUUUCCCGAGGCAGAAAAAUUAUCUCUGUUAGUCCUUUUUGUUAUUAGUUUGCACCUCUAACUAUAAAUGGACUUCCACACUGUAAGGAAUUAUUUUGUAAAAUUAGAUUCCUGUUCCAGCACCUUUUUAAUCACAAACAAAAAGCAGAAAAAGAAGUCUGCAAAAUUGCACAUCGCCACGGAUUACGUCAAAGGAAAGAAAAAAAGCACUAUUUUUUUAUGAACAAUGAACGUGUAGCUUAAAAAAAUGUCAUGGUGCUAGCUUUUAGAAUGGACUCGGAGAAGAAGGGGGUGAAAAGCACGUUUUUUUCCCGCUUUUUUAAUGAAUAUUAAAACUUUCCGUUUUAAGGAAAGUGUGACUUUAAAAAGGAGAAUAAAAGACGGUGCGUGCUAGCACUAUGCGCUAACAGCUCCCUUGAGGAAGUGGUAAGGGGGACCUGAGACCCACUCCCCUCUCCGUUGGCCCCAAGGCCCUACGAGAACUGGGAGCAGUGUGGGGACAUAACAGGACAUUAUGGACCGCCUAGAUUGGGACAGUAGUUUGACUUCUUGUUCCGGGACAGUACUUCCUGUUUUGUCGUGGCUUUGAAGAAACCUGGCCUGCUCUGGAAGGAAGUGACACGUUAAUAUGGACACAGAACGAGUGGGAUAAUGAUGAUAAUAUUUUGGGGUUUUGACAUAUUUCUUUUUUCUUUUCAUAUCUGUGUUUCAAGGAGAGAGAAAGAAGGUAAACCCUGUCAGUUUCUGGUACCGUGACAUUCCUGCUUUUUUGCGAAAUAGGCAUUUUUUUGGUUAAACAUUUUGUCCAUCGUUAUUGUUAUAAUAUUAUUCUACAGUUUUUAAGAAAGGCACACAUUUCAAUUCAAAGGGAAAAAACAGCAAUAAUGUCAACUAACAUUUUAUUUUUAAUUGUA